AUGGACGCCACAGUCACACGCAGUUCUUACCAGCCUCCGCAGUUGGACAGGAACAUGUACUACAUCUUCACCGAAAACCACCAUUACGGCAGCAAGGUUUUCCAGGCAGGGAGCAUGUGUUACCUGAAAGAGCAGACGUACCUGCAGCACAUUAGCAGGACGUCCACUCGCUUGUGGAGGUUUGUCAUGGAACAGGAUGGCUCCGUGGCUACUUUGGACGUGGAAAGCCUGCAGCCGGUGAACGAGAAGAUGGCCGACUUCCUUUUGGCCAUUAGCAACGCUCAGGAACGUUUGAACUGUUUUCUAGACAGGCAAGCUCUAGAGGCUGCCAUGAUGGCUGAAGAAGGCCAGCAGGUCUUGGUCGAUCUGGGAGAUCAGUUUUCCCCCGCUACCGUCCGCUAUAUUGGAAGACUUCACCACAGCCCUUUACCGUCAGGGCUCCACCCAAUUUACUUUGGAGUGGAAUUGCAGGAUGGCGGCGAAGGCCGAGGCUACUGUGCUGGCACCUACCACGGGGCAGAAUACUUCAAGUGUAAACCCAAGUGCGGCCUUUUCCUGCCAUUCAACAAACUGCAGUUUCUGCCGGGGUCAGAGGACAACCAGGUGGAGGCGAAGAGGCAGAAGGCGGAUGGAAUCGUGCCGGUGAAAAUGGGCGACACCGUCGGCUUUUAUUUAGACGACGCCUUCACGCGAGGGAUCGUCCUGGAGGUGUAUCAGAAAGGAAAUGAGUGGCUGGCGAAAGUAUGUCCGGAGGAAGAGGGCUCAGCCGAUGUUUUCCGAGAGAUCCCUCUGGAUUCAGUGGUGAAGGAGGAGCUGCUCUCUUUAGGUAAACUGAUGCAUCGCUUUUCUCUGUUUGAUAUAGACCAGGAUUCUGGGCUCCAGGAAUAUCUCGAGCACAAGAGGAGCGAAAGUACAGAGCAUCCGGAAGACGGGACCGGCUCUCUGGAUGUCAACUCCGUGGUCCAGAUCAACUUAGACAAGGGACGUGCUAUGACGGGGACCAUCCGUUGGAUCGGCUGCCUGCCUAAUGCCCAGCAAAGGAUGGCUGGGAUUGAGUUGGAUGAAGAGAAUAACAGUUUUUCCAACGGAGAGUGGCAAGGUGUGCGAUACUUUACCUGUCCUCCCCGCCGGGCCCUUUUCGUGCGGCUGGAGUCGUGCCAACCAGAUUCGCGCUUCCAGGGGAACAAGUGCCUGUUUCAGGAGCCCUCUGAAUUCA